CCGGGUGUUCCUGACAGGGCUUUCUACGCCUUUUUUUUCCGGCGACUUUUUGGUCUUCCGCUUCUUGCUACCGCCCCGAACUUCCCACACGCUUGCUAGCCCUGUCUUUUCUUCUGUCGCUCCGCCCCGGCCGCCGCGCCUGGGGUUUAGGUUGCAAUUCGGAACCGGAGCCUGGCCUAGCCCUUCCGCAGGCCACUACCUGCUUUUGGCUGGGGCGAAAGCUACUACCUUGCGCCGCCGGACCCUCGCUGCUCCGGCCUUGGAGCUUCUGGGCAGGCAGUGCCGGUUGGCCCUGCUUAGCCUUCCCCAAGGACAGCUGUGAGUUAGUGGGUUUCGGAAAAGGACGCAACCGCGUAGGCCCAGGUCGGGGGGGCGGGGCUCGGGGAACUUUUCCUGAAACCGCACUUUUAUGUUUGCGUGGGAAGUUCCGGCAUUAUUUCUUAGACGUCCGGGACGUAUGGGCGCCCCCCAAGCUGUUGCACUUUUUGAAGAAUCUUAGGACCGCUUUCUCUUUCCACUCGUUUCCCUUCCUCGCGCCCGGUUCUCAGUCUAGGACCAUAAGAGGAAGACUGUCUUGGGACCUCUGCAUGGUGUUUCAAAGGGUGGUGAAAAACUAAGGUAGAAGAAUACAUGUUCACUUUUAGUGAACAAGAGCAUGUUCCCAAACUCAAUUUUGGGUCGCCCGCCUUUCACCCCAAACCAUCAACAACAUAACUUCUUUGCCCUCUCGCCAACUCUUUAUUCACACCAGCAGCUUAUAGAUGCACAGUUUAACUUUCAGAAUACAGACUUGUCAAGAGCUGUGUCUUUACAGCAGUUGACGUAUGGAAAUGUCAGUCCAAUACAGACCUCAACAUCUCCGUUAUUUCGAGGAAGGAAGAGAUUAAGCGAUGAAAAAAACCUUCCUCUUGACGGUAAACGGCAACGUUUCCAUUCACCCCACCAAGAGCCAACUAUAGUUAACCACAUAGUGCCUUUAUCAGGUGAAAGAAGAUACUCAAUGCCGCCAUUGUUUCAUACACACUAUGUACCAGAUAUAGUCAGAUGUGUUCCACCUUUUCGAGAAAUACCAUUUUUAGAACCUAGAGAAAUCCCACUGCCCGAGGCCAAAGAUAAGUUGAGUCAGCAGAUACUGGAGUUAUUUGAAGCAUGUCAGCAGCAAGUAAGUGAUUUAAAGAAGAAAGAACUGUGUCGAACACAGCUACAGAGAGAAAUUCAGCUGUUAUUUCCACAAAGCAGACUUUUUUUGGUUGGGUCCUCUUUAAAUGGAUUUGGUACCCGGAGCAGUGAUGGUGAUUUAUGCUUAGUUGUUAAAGAAGAACCAUGUUUUUUUCAGGUAAAUCAGAAGACUGAAGCACGGCACAUACUCACCUUAGUCCAUAAACACUUCUGUACUAGACUUUCUGGCUACAUUGAGAGACCUCAGCUGAUUCGAGCAAAAGUGCCAAUUGUGAAGUUCAGGGAUAAAGUCAGUUGUGUGGAAUUCGACUUGAAUGUAAACAAUAUUGUUGGAAUAAGAAACACAUUCCUUCUCAGAACUUAUGCAUACCUUGAAAAUCGAGUUCGUCCGUUAGUACUGGUGAUUAAGAAGUGGGCGAGUCACCAUGAAAUAAAUGAUGCCAGUCGUGGUACUUUAAGCAGCUAUAGUCUUGUAUUGAUGGUUUUGCACUAUUUACAAACCCUACCUGAACCCAUCCUUCCAUCCAUCCAAAAAAUUUACCCAGAAUCUUUUAGUCCAGCUAUACAGCUGCACCUUGUACAUCAAGCUCCAUGUAAUGUUCCUCCUUACCUCUCAAAGAAUGAAUCAAAUCUUGGGGACCUCUUACUGGGCUUUCUUAAAUAUUAUGCUACAGAAUUUGACUGGAACAGUCAAAUGAUUUCAGUUCGUGAAGCCAAAGCCAUUCCCAGGCCUGAUGGUAUUGAAUGGAGAAAUAAAUAUAUCUGUGUAGAAGAACCUUUUGAUGGAACAAAUACAGCCAGAGCUGUGCAUGAAAAGCAGAAAUUUGACAUGAUCAAGGAUCAGUUUUUGAAGUCUUGGCACAGAUUGAAAAACAAGAGAGAUUUGAACAGUAUACUACCUUUAAGAGCUCCUGUCCUGAAAAGAUAACUGGCCUCUAUUUCUUAAUAAAAUCUUCUGAGAGAUAAAGAACAAUGGUAACAUCAUAAUGCAUUUUGUUUACCUCCAUCAUGGUUUCUUUUUAAUUGUUCUUGUUUUCAUGUUUUAUUUUUAAGAGGACAUACUUAUAUAAAGAUUGCAUAUUUUAUUAUGACAUUUCCUAAUAAAACCCUUUGAUUUAAAGAUGUAUUUUUGAAAAUGUUUACAUUGAUUAGUAAUAUUAUGGCAUGACUUUUCAGGAGAUCAGAUAAAAUAUUUUUUGGGGGAAUUAUCUGAACAAAUAAAAGUCUUUUGAUAAAACUUCAAUUAACAUACCACAUGCUAAUACUGAAGAGAUGUGUGGAAUUUUGGAAAGGGACUGAUUAAUACAUAUUUAACCUAUAACAUACAAUAGAUAGUUUGUUGCCUGUCUGUUCUAGUAAAGUGAAGAUUCAAGCCAGUUAUUCAGUUACUUGAAGCAAAAUGAAAUCUGUUAUUUCACUGAAAUCAUUGCAGAGGCAUGAAAUACUGGACAAUUGCCUUAAGUCUUCACUUGACUCACCAGGAUAGACUGAGGCUUCGGGUGUGUCUGUAUUAGCAUUUCAUUAGUACCUCACGUGUUUUUGAUGUACUCUUGAGAUUGCUUUAAAUUUUUUGUUGAAAAACAGUACAUUUUGCACUGUAGUAAUAAGAGCACUAACUCUGUAUUGUUCAGCAGUUAGUAAAUUGUUUUAAAGAAUUAGUUCAUUGUAGACAUUUUGAAAAGAUUAUAAGUCCCCUGUGCUUUAUGAUAGUUUAGUGCAUUGUGCACUUUUACUUUAUUUCAUGUUUUCUUGCCUUUUAUUUUCCCUGUGACAUGAAGCAACAGAAACUGAAAGAUCAAAGUUGAGAUUAUAUCCUAUUGACAGUAUCAGACUUUUUCUGUAUACAAUUAUAGGAUUGUAAUCUAAACUGGAAUUUUUAGGCAGUAAGCCACUAUGAAAUGUUUUAGGUAAGACAUAAAAUUAUUAUAAAUAAAAGCUUAAUGUUUGUAAAGAUGACUUUUUUAGUAUUUUUUUCCCAUAUGAAGAAGUAGUGGUGGCUGCUAAAAGAAAAGCUACAGUGUUUAUUAAGGUUUUUUUGGUUGAUGUAAAUAUUUGUAAAUUGGUCAGUGCCUGUACAUUUAAAUAUGAAAAAUAAUCUUGAGAACAAUUUUAACUUUUUCAGAAAGACUAUGUACAACUUCUUUUACACCUGCUGUAGUACAGUUUGUACCUCUAAUGUAUUUAGGUUUUUUGCAGACCAAUUCAAAUGCUAAGACUUUUGCUUUUCUUUGACUUGUAAAGGUGCAUAUUUUCAUUUUCUUCUUUAAGUUUAAAUUUUUGUACGAUGUCAUAUGGAAUAAAGUUUAUAUAUAGAAA